AUGCAGAAAGGGUUUUCUAUUUGGAAGCCUAAAGCAAAUGAGCUGGCACGUCCAUCGCUCAAAGGUUUUGGUGUAAAAGGUCCAAACAGAUCAGCCAACAAACAUGUUUCCCGAAAAAACACGAGAGUGUUGGAGCCAAAAUCCAGCGAUCCUCCUCUGAAACGGUUCGUCGCGUUAGCCACCAAGCCUACUGCGAAUGUCAAUGCAAAGCGUAAGAUACCGGGCGAAACUCCAAAGCGUUCCAGCAUGCCCCGUCGCGUUGAUUCUUCAAGAGAACGAGAAAUUGUGGGUGCCGACUCCCCACCAAACAAUAUCCAGAAAUCGGAAAACUUAAUAACUGAUGAAUUGCCCGUCACAUCUACCAAUCAACCAGAUGGAAUGAGUGUUUUGGAGCAAGUGCAGCGGAUCCUUAGUGCCAAGGACUCCCGGUCUGCAGGUCACAUCCCUGAGAAGAAUGCCAAUCCUGGUACGAGAGUAUCCAAAAAGGGAAUAUACAGGUCGGAAAGCAGGAACAAACGACCUGCUCAAGAUCCUGAACCGCCAGCUGAGGAGGUUUGCAAACGUCAACGUGGCAUAUCCAGAGCGGACCUUCAGGCACUCGUGCGCAAACAGCGCCAGGCCCGAAAAUCGGAACGUCUUAGUCGGGAGCGAGCGGAACAGGAACGUCGUGAGCGGAUUCAACGAAACCUCGCGGUGACCGCUCAGGCAGCUGCAGCUGCAGCUAAAGCACCUCUGCCUGCUCCGAGGAAACCUCUGCUACUCACCGAUCGAAGCACAGGGAGCGCACCCGAUCAGCUCUAUCCAGUUUCAGAGUCUAACUUGGCCAACGAAUUCUCAUCCGAACGUCGGAGAAAACUAGACGCGUUACUGAAAAACGACGAUGUUGUAUGGUCUCCACGUUUCUUAAACGGCAUAUCCACUUCUCAUCGGCCCGGUCAUCUGCAAACAUUCGGAUCCAAUUGGACCACUCACAGUUCCCUCUCCGUGAACCACCGGACACCCGAUGAAUCAAACUGUCGUAGACAGUCGCCUGUCCGCAUGGAGACAUCGGAACCGGCCGAACAAAAACCACCCGGGUACAGUUUUCCCAUUGGGCGCGAUUCAUUCCAACAGCCAGUUCCCCUAAACAACCAACCGGUCGGUAUAGCAAAACGUUCCAAGUGCCCGUAA